UCAACUGUCAGUUUCCUGGAAACCUAAACGUUAAAUAUAACUACUGCAGAUACCUGUCAGCGCCAGUUGCUUGUCGGAGUUACAGACGUGGUUCGCUCCUUUAGCUGUUGCAUUUUAUUUUCUCUGCAGACUAUCCAUUUCACACAAGCCCUGAAAGCGAAGCAUUUUACUUGUGCCCUCAUAUUUCUGCUUGAUAAUAAUGAAUAAGUUUCUGAUUGUAUUUGAUUUUGAUGAAACCAUCAUUCAACACAACAGUGACUAUGUCAUCCUCAAAUGUAACCCAAACCAAAGUCUUCCAGAAGAAUUGCUUCAGCCCCAGGAGGAAGAAUUUUGGAGAGAAUAUAUGAACAAGGUAUACCAGUAUUUUGGAGAGAAGGGUGUCAAAGAAGAAACAAUGAGAAAGGUUCUGGCAGAAACCCCACUUACUAAAGAGAUGGUAAACCUCUUUCAGUUUCUUAAAAAGUCCUCAGAUUUAUUUGAAUGCAUUAUUAUUUCUGAUGCCAACACGUUUUUUAUCAAUAGCAUUCUUCAAGCAAAUGGCCUAUCCACUAUUUUCCAGAAAAUAUACACAAAUCCUUCAUGUUUUGAUAACAACAACACCUUUACAAUAAGUCCCUACCACUCCCACAUGUGUGAGCAGUGUCCUAUUAAUAUGUGCAAAAGGAAAAUCCUGCAUGAUCACUUAGUGCAACGUGCUGAAGAGGAAGUUGAAUUUGAGAAAAUCUUCUAUGUUGGAGAUGGCACCAAUGAUUUCUGCCCUUCUGUAGCCUUGACGCCAACUGAUUUCAUCUUUCCAAGGAAGAAUUACCCACUGGAUAGUUUGAUUUCUAAAAUCAAAAUGACUGAACCAUCUGCAAUUCAAGCUCAAGUGGUUCCUUGGGAAUCUGGAGAAGAUAUAUUGCUCUUCCUUGAAGAUUGCACAGGAAGAUAAAUAUUAUGCCUAGAUCUUUAAAAGAGCUUCUGAAAGAAUUACUGGUUUUCCGGUAGUCAUUUAAAAGCUUUGUUUUGGGAAACAAUAUAAUAAAAUUGCAUGAUAAAGCUUACUGAAAUACGUAAUUUAAUAAUUUUCCCAGUUCAGGGUCUAAUGCUAUUUCCCUAUGUCAACAAUGCUAGUUAUUUGAUCAACAAUCUAAAAGCCGUGAUUAAACACUAACUGUGAACAUCUCAUGCACUUUUCUUCAUAAUGCAGAAAAAAGUAGUUAUAAAUUAGCUACUAGUUUAGCUGGGGAGAAGGGCUGUAUCAGCACACAGUAGCAUAAAUAUUUAUAUGUCAGUAUGAUUUUAGUUUUCAUCAGUAAACUUUUAAUUUAAAGAUGAAUAAAUGUUCCUGUGAUGUUGUCUUAACCAAACUAAAUAACUCUGUUAUAGCCAUCUGCCGCAUAUCAGAGUGCUUCAGAAUGCCAGCACAUAUCAAUGUUUUAUAAAUUCUCUUGACAUUUCUAUUGGAAGUUUCCAUGGAAUCUUUCAGGAUACAAUCUUUAAACUUAUGCAGGACAAAAUAGAAAACAAGAAACUAUUUUCCCUUGUUUCAUUUCUGUAGUGCAUUGACUCUAAAUAUAACCUUGGCAAAGGAAGCAAGUAAAAACCAUGAAUGUAUGAAGUAGACAUUUGUAAGCAUCAGUGAGAUAUAUCAAACAAUUCAUGCAAGGACUGGUUACCUGAUGUGUAUUGUAUACACAUCAUGUGCAUUAAAACUGUGAUUUCCUGGUCAUUCUUGUGGCAUGCCUAAUAUGAAAUGUUAAUUGAGCACUUUAAAGCAGCUUUGCCCCAAGGUUGUGGAUGGAUACUGGGAACAGAUAUCCGAUUACCUAAGGAAUAUUGAACUUCUGAGGAUAGUUACUUGGGAUAGGGAUUACAGGGCUUGAGGACUCCCAUAAAUAAAUAAUAACAUCUUUAAAAUGGAGUCUUUGGUGUCACUCAAGGCCUGUAUAACUGCAGUUCAGGUAGAGGUGUGCUCCUGGUCAAGCUCUGCUCCUGGGAUGUGAUCCACAUCAUUUUCUAAACCUGUAUUUGCCAAAACAUGAUUGAAGUAACAUCAAACAUGUUGAUGUAACUGCUGUGUGUUUAUGAGCCUCUGUGCAGAAAUGCAUAGGGACUUCAGUAAAAUCUACCAAUGCAUACUAGAUGUAUGCUUUUCUGGAAUAAAACCACUGCAUAUUAUUGCCCUUCAUUGAUGUCCUUAUCAUUAUUGCCCUUCAAGAUUUCCAGCAUCUGCAGAAUCUCUUGCAAUAUGACAAGUGUUGAAAUUGUCAAAUACAAAUAAUUGAUUUAUAGUCCUUUUCAUGAUUAGCUCAUUUUCCUUUUCCAUAAUCUCAAGAACAGAGAAUGGGAAAAUUAUAUUCAUUUUUUUGUUUAAAAGAAAUUACUCCACAAAUUUACCUGCUAAUAAAAAGAAUAGAAAGCAACAUACAGGCUGACAUUGAAUUUGUUUGUUUCUAAAAUGCAUGAAUUUUUUGCAAGUUUGACUUCCAUUGAUAGAUGUGUAUCUUGCUUACAGAGCAGGAUGUAGGCAACUGAAGGAACAGGCACCAUUGAUGGGAGAGAAGAGGAUUGGACAGGAGACAAUUAGGCAAUUAGACAGGAGACAUGUUGCAAAUUUUAGUAUUUAUAUAUACCUAAAAUGCCCAAUAUUAGAUGACUAUAUUUUCACAUAGUUUAUCACAGAGCAUAAGACUGAGCUACACAAAUUACUUCUAGUCAAUUCCUGGUGAUCUAUUCUCUUUAUGUCCAAGAUUGCAAUGAUCAAAAUUCUUGUUUUCUACCUCCUGAUACAAAAUCUGGAUGUGGUUUCCCAGAAAUGCUGUUCUAAAUGGAUCAUUUCAGGGCCAAGAUGAGGAAAUUAGAGGCCAUUUCCUUCAGAUUAGCCAGAUGACAUUUGCUCCAUCCUGUGGCGCCCUUCAUGUUUCAUCUAAAACUUGGAACACACUUUCAUCCAAAACUUGGAAAGUGCAUGUGAAAAUGCAUUGUAUCUUGCAUAAAUUGCACCGGCAAAAGCAACAAAACAUAAAUAUGCAGAACUGUGCUCCGUGCAUGAAACAUUCCCAGAGUUGUUUUGCCCGCUGUAGAUGUCAAUAUGCAUGCAGUAGAUCAGAAUCAGGCUUAUUAGCAUUGACAUAUGUUGUGAAAUUUGUUGUUUUGCAGCAGCAAUACAUUGCAAUACAUAAAAUUACUAAUUUACAAUAAGAAAUGCAUAACAAAAAUAGUGCAAAAACAGAACAAAAUAGUGAGGUAGUGUUUGUGGGUUCAUGGACCAUUCAGAAAUACGAUGGUGGAAGGUAAGAAGCUGUUCUUCAAAUGUUGAAUGUGCAUCUUCAGGCUCCUGUGCCUCCUCCCUGAUGGUGGUAAUGAGAAAAGGGCACAUCCUGGAUGGUGAGGGUCCCCAAUGAUGAAUGUCUGAUUCUAAUUCUAAUCUUACUUCGUACUUUGAGAAUGUAAUCUGAACUAUGGGAAAACUAAAGAUUAAAAAGUAUGUACGGUAUUACCUAAUAACACUUCUUCGCAUGUUCAAGUUCACAAAAUUAGAUACAAUUUUUCCUUUUUUCUUUCUUGCAUGUUUAUUAUUUGGUUUGUCUCCAUAUUCUAAUGAAAUCUUAUUGACACUUCAGUCAAAGGAAUAAAUUGGUAUUGAUUCCAGUUUUGAUUUGAAUUGGUGGAUGAACAUAUUUAAUUUGGUUUUGAAGCUGGAAAUCUGUUAAAAUCAGGCUCUGGUGCAAUUUUACAGCAAGAGUGACUUAAGUUGCUAAAUGUCUAAGCUGAUUUUUUUUUAAAAAUGUUACAUUUUUGAAAUUGAAAACCUAUUGAAACAAAAUGUGACAUUUUGUCUAUUCCUUUAGUGAACAAAAACAAUUCAUUUGAAUCUAAUUUUGUAGUGAUUUUAUCUUCAUGUACUUUUGCAUGGACACUUUGUAAACCCUGACUGAAAUGCACUAUUAGUUGAUCAGAUGAGCACAACAUCAAAAUUGCUAGCAUUCCCUGGCAAUGACUGUAUCUGAAUGUGACCACUCAGACCACUCAGACAAGAAGUGGGGAAUGCCGUGGAAUCAUAUUCAAGUGUGGUGCCUUCCAAGAGAAGAUGAGAAAACAUCUGUAAUGAAAAACUGAUAAAAAGAAAACACUUUUCUGACACUGUAUGCAAGUGACCACACACAGUGUUUUAUGUUCCUAGGCAAAUUUUUAAUUGUUUAAAUAUGAAGCAAAGGCAUUUUAACCAGAAGAUGUAAUAAAGUAUUGAACAAAGCUGGAAUUAUCUCUUUCCAUGUUUGGAGCAAUAUGUUAUUUCUGCCAUUGUAAUUCUGUGUAGCUUUUUGUGUGUAGACUAUUUGAAAUCUUAUAGGGAAAAAGCAUGGUGUAAAAUGAGACUGAUAUAAAUUUGUCAUUAAUUCAUCAGAUUUUAACAAAUCAUAUUAGCACAAUUUUAAUUCUGAUUUAUGAAUUUUUCAAAAUUGAAACUUUUCUUUAAAUAUCUCAAAUGAUUUGGAAUGACACCAAUCAGGAUUAGUGUUUAACAUAUAAAUAAAAGUCUGAAAUGUAAAUAAUAUGUGAGUUUUAUUUUUCUGAAUAUUUUUGCAACUUUUUUUCCUCCAAAAUUUCCUUUCUUCCUUUUCUCAUUCACACUAGUUGGACUUUAAGUGCACCUAUUAACAGUGGUAGUAACAUUAAAUAAUUGAUUCUUCAGUUUUAAAAAAAAAAGCUGAACUUGUGACCUC